AUGGAGUAUCACGCCGUUCCCAUCGACGAACGCGCUCGAGAUGAGCAGGGCAACCUUUUGCCUUGGGGCUAUGUUUACAAAGAUGAAUCACGGAAUCCUCGACGACCACCAGAAGAGACGGGGCCCUUCGGCAAGAAGCGAAAUGCUCGAUACGAACACACCCGGUCCCGCACAAGGACCGGCACACCCGCAAAGCGCGAGAACCCCAAUGUCCUCGAAUUCGGCCGGUUACUCGCCCAAAGAGAUGAAGAAGAGAAGGCACAGGGACUCCCAAAAUCCUCAUCCUCUUCCAGCUUAGACAACCCUCGCAAGCAGACGGAGAAGGUUGCGACCGAGUGCAUCCUGUAUGGAUACAAGGCCAAGGAGUUCGAAUGGAAGGCUAUCGACAAGUACGAGCGCAUCUCACAAGGCAUGAUUUGCGAAGACUACCCACGCACCGACCCCAAUUCCACAACCCAAUACUCGCAGCUGCUAAGCGGUGGCGACAUCGUGAUCCGCUCCAAACUCUCCGCGGACGCAAACGCCAAAUCGAAGCGCUAUGCAGGCGGUUUCCACUGGAUCAAAGUGACCUUCGACUCAACCUCCGCCGCCGAUCGCGCAUGCUUCUACCCCCCCCAAGAAAUUGACGGACACCUCGUCUUCUGCCAGCUAUACAAUGGCCACGGCCCUGCUGAAGACAGCCCUAUCCUAGCCGACACAGCACCCGCGAGCCUUCGCAACCGCGCCCCUCGCACCCUCACCUCUACCCACUCCACCGCGUUCCUUUCCGGCAAAGAACAGGACCGCAUGACGCUCCCCCGCUCAUUCGGGGUAAACAACCUUGCCCGAGUCGCCGACAUCGAGGAGGACAACGACGACUUGACAUCAUCCACGACCGCCACCGAGGGCACCGCCGUGCCUAGUGCCAGCACAACAGGUGUCUCGACAGGCCUGGACCGCUCGUCCUCACUGCACCAGCGCAGUGUCGCUGGCCCGGCAGAGGCCAAGCCUGAAUCUGAAUUUAUGACCCACGUUCCUAAUGUCCGCCGCGCGAAGCUCCACCCUCUCACCGAGGCUCUCCCGCCACAACCCACCGCCGUCGAGCGCGUGCUGCGCUCGAUCCCUAUUUUGAAUUGGUUCUCCGGCGACAUUGUUGGAGACGGUGCGCAGCUGCGUGAGGACGGAACAUUCGAUUACGAGAAAUCAGGUCUGUAUUGGCGAUUCUGGUAUAUGAUUGAUGGGAUUUUAGGGACUGAUUUCUGUGCGUUGAAGUCGGAUGAGUGA